AUGGUAGCUCAAUUAUGGGUCGACAAGCACAGGCCAUCCACUCUAGACAAACUAGAUUAUCACAAGGCAUUGUCAGAACAGUUGAAAGCUCUUGCAUCUGCCGGGGACUUACCUCAUUUGCUCGUCUAUGGACCAUCAGGAGCUGGCAAAAAGACGCGCAUCAUGGCGAUUUUACGUGAAGUGUUUGGAACUGCUGUCGAAAAGAUCAAGACAGACGUCAAAGUGUUUACAACUCCAUCGAAUGUGAAGAAGGAGAUACAUAUCGUAUCUAGUAACUAUCAUAUUGAAUUGACUCCAAGUGAUGUUGGAAUAUACGAUCGUGUGAUUAUUCAAGAUCUUCUCAAAGAUAUUGGACAAACGCAACAAGUGGAUCAGAACGCCAAACGUGCAUUCAAAGUGGUAAUCAUCAAUGAAGCAGAUACAUUAUCACGAGAUGCACAAGCUGGAUUGCGACGUACAAUGGAAAAGUACAUGGGCAAUCUACGUAUCAUCAUGUGUUGCAACUCGACAUCCAAAAUUAUUUCACCUAUUCGAUCUCGAUGUCUAUUGGUUCGUGUGCCUGCUCCCAGUGUUGAAGAGAUGAUGACUGGCCUGCAACGAGUAGCACACAAAGAAAGUGUGAAACUACCAGAAGCCUUCGCUCGUAAAUUAGCAGAAGAAGCUGAUGGAAAUAUGAGAAAGGCUGUAUUAAUGCUGGAAGCUGCCAAAGUACAACAAUAUCCAUUCACUGAUGAUCAGAUUGUGACUAAACCUGAUUGGGAAGAGUUUACUGCCAAUGUUGCUCGUGCCAUCUUGAGAGAACAGACGCCUGCCCAGUUACUUGUGGUUCGAAAUUACCUGUAUGAACUGCUGACACAUAUGAUUCCUCCAGACAUUAUCAUUCGCACUUUGGCACUGAAUCUAGUAAAGGAUGUCUCUGAAGAAAUGAAGGGCAACAUUGUUGAAUUGGCAGCUCAAUACGAACAUCAAAUCCGACUUGGAUCCAAACCCAUAAUUCAUCUUGAAGCAUUUGUCGCAAAGUUCAUGUCCCUCUACCGUCGCUGGAUAGUGGAAUUUCAAGGUUGA